GUCUCUCUCGCGUUUUUCCUCCGCUACCCUAAUCCCUAUGCAGCUCAUGUCAUCUCAUGCGAUGUCAUUUCUAGAAACCAGACUUCUUCAGGUUCUCUGCUCACAACCCGACUCAUCCUCAAAAGGGGCGCCAUGCCCAGGUGGUUCCCCAAGGGCAUUGUUUCUAGGGCAGAAUCAUGGGUCAUUGAGGAAAGCGAAGUAGAUCCUCAUGGAAAGGUUGUGAGGUGUCGCACUAAGAACCUCGAUCACGUCAAGGUGAUGCAAGUUGAGGAAGCUGUGGAGUUCCGUCAGACACCUGAAGGGAAAACUCUCCAACAUACCGAGGCCCGCAUCGUUUCAGGCUUCGGAUGGGGUCUCACGAAGAGAAUAGAAAAUCAUGGUUUAACGCGUUUCAAAGCCAAUCUUCAAAGGGUCCGUUCAUGCUUAUCCUUUGUUGUUUUUGCUGGUAUUAAUAUGUAA